GCCGUUUAUUUAACGAAAAGCUCUGCUAUUGAGCGGUUGUUGAUUUCGGUGCUUGUGCUAUCACUCUGUCUCUGGUGUCUUGAGCUUCUAAACGAAUCGUACGAUCAAUCGAUAAUUGUGUGUUUUGUAGUUGUUGUCUACCUAUAGUGUUGUACUGUAUUUUGCGGUGUGUGUUUGUUUCUGUGCCAAAACUUCAACAAUAAAAUAAUUGUUUAAAAUUUAAAAAAAAAAUAAACAAAACAUAUUAGAUAAACAGCUUAUAUACAAUUUAAAUACUUUAAAAAAUUAACUCAAAUAAUUCAAAAGGAUUAAACAAAAAUUAUUAACCAAUUGGGCGUGGCGUUUUGAAAUUAUUAAAAAUUUCAUAGUAUUUUUUUUUAACACCAUCUGACAGGAAAAACCAGAGUGUUUUAAUGAUACAUUGAAAUUUAUGUCUUAAAAAAGUUUCAAUAACUUAGAGGAGUUUUGUAUACUGCCAACUUUUCUCAAACCUUAAUUUCAACCGAAAUCAACUUGAGCAAGAAGAGAGAAAUUAGUAAAGAAAGAGAGAGAAAAACAACAAACAAUAACAAAAUGACCAGUCCAACAACGACGAGACAAUCUUAUAAAUUGUCCUUAACCUUUUUAAGCCUUUUACUAUGCUCAAUAGUUGUGGCUACACCCACUCCUCACACUACCACACAGGCUGCUGACAGUCCCCUGUCACCUAUAGAUCUUAAGGCUGAUGAAAACUACCUGUGUCCCGAAGACUGUCACUGUGUCUUGGCUCACAAUACACACAAACCAUUCUUGCAUGCCAAAUGCUCGUCUUUGAAGGGUCUUAAGGCUGAUGGGGCCUUGGAGGCUACACUGCCCGUACAUUCCAUAGAUUUGUCAUUUUUAAAUUUGACACGUUUGGCACAUUCUUUGGAAAAACUGCAUGAUCUCACUUCCAUUGAUUUGUCACACAAUGAAUUGCACGAAAUCGGCCAUUUGGGCAGACGCAUCAAGAAGCUGAAUCUAAAGCAUAAUCGCAUCAACUCCUCCAAAUUAUCGAAAUUGCCACAACAUGUUCAGUCUUUGAAUUUGCAGCACAAUGAUAUUACCAACUUGCCCCUGGAAUUUACCAAAUUGACUCAGUUGCAGUCAUUGGAGUUGGCCCACAAUCAAAUCAACUGUUCCUGUGAUACCUUGGAAGUGCGCAAUUGGUUGCAAGAGCGUCAUGUCUUCAUGGAACAUCCAGUGAAAUGUUUCACUCCCGCACUCUACAAAGGCAAAUCCUGGUUGCAAGUCAAACAGUCGGUGGUUUGUGAGAAGGAGAAGAGAUUAGGUUACAAUGCUGCUGAUGAAGACGAAAAUGAAUUGAUGAUGGGUGAUCAGCCGUUUGAGGCUUCUGGUGAUGAGGUACAGGAUGAAGAAGAAUUGGGUAAAGAUUUUAUGCCCAUUGACACCAACACCAAAAAGACCACCAGUCAUCACAGUUCUGCUCUCACCUUAAUGAAUGAUGUUGAAGGUUCUGGAGAUUUAAGUGAAAUGAACUUGCCUUUGGAUUUGUUAGAUACCAGCACAAACUCGGCUCCUGUUGAUGAAGUUACCACUGAUAUGCCCGAAGAAGAUGAUGAGGGUUCUGGUAGUGGUGGCGGUAUGUUGUUUAUCCCCGCUAUUCAACAUGAACAUGUUAUCACCGAUGAUUUCGAUAUACCCGAGUCAAAGGAAGAGCAUGAUGCCGAGACUGAAGAUGACUUGAAUGAUAAUAAACCCAUUGAAGAGCCUUUCGUUAAAACUGAUGUCUUCCAACACAAUUUGGGUAUAUUCGAUGGUGAUGAACAACCCAGACCCAGCACAGAAAAACCUGAAGUCGAAGAGGAAGAAAUCAAACCGGUAGAUGUACCCACUUUGGGUGAAGGUAGCGAAUCCUCAACCGAAGGACCCGAAUCUGAUGCUGUGGCUCAUGCUAAAAUGGGUGAAUCCAAGGAUGACAGCAAUGCCACCUAUUUCCUAUUGGGUGUUAUAGGUCUCAUAGUCAUUGGUCUCUUGUUGUAUGUGGCCAUUAAGCGCUGCAAACACAGCAGUAAUCGCCACGAUCCAGAAAAUCCUCAAACUGAAUUGGUGGAUAUGGACAAGAAACAAUUGGGUAAACCUCUACGCAAUGGUGUGCCCGAACAUGUGCCUCUGAUAGGUGAAAAAUCUAAAUCCGAUAUGGCUAAACCCAUUAAUGGCUCCAAACCAUAUGAUGGUGACACUAAAGAUGGUCCCAGCCAAAAUGAACCUCUAUUAAAUGGCAACGGUAAUGCUAAUGGCAAUGGUGCCGCUCAGGCUGAUGAACCUGAAGACAGCCGUCCUGGCUCACAGUUGCAAGCUCCUCAUGAAUACUAUCCCAUCUCACCCAGAUACCCACCACCACAGUCACCCAGAGCCUCCAAAUACAGUCAGCAACCUCAGCAAGCAGAACCCAAUAACAAUGAUCCCAAUGAACCCUACCUGCCUUCAUCGCCCAAAUCGGGUCGCUAUUCACCCGUGUACUCACCCGAAACUGGUCGUGUUAAAAUCAAGCUGAGUGAAACACCCCGGCCCAAGACACCCAUGCUAGUGACACGCAGUCGUUCAAAUGCUGGUGAUAUUAUAACCACCCCCAUCAGACCCACACAAAUGGAAAGUUUUCAAGCCACUCCCGUACAUACAGCAGCAACAAAUGGUCAUGCCGGUGGGGAUCAUUGAUAGUUAGAGGGAAGGGUCAAACACCGUUAACAAACAAAAACCACCCCUCCAAACAACCCCUCACUACUAUCCACAUAAAAGCCAACAAUCAUUCAAGAAAGAGUAGUGUCUAAAAUGCUGUGAAUAAGGUGCUUUAAGCGAAAUUAACGUUAAACUUAAUAUUAAAAAAAGAAAAGAUACACUGAGAGGAAGAAAGAAAUAUCACCAACAACAAUAUUAUUUUCAUUAUUAUUUUUUUAGAUUUUUGUGAAAAAAAACUUAACAAAUUAAACGUGGUGAGAAUUACGAGAUAAAGUGAUAUAAGUAUUUUAUAUUUCAUUUAAAAAUGUCUACAGAUAUUUAAAGGUAUGCAUGAUUAGGGAAAAUUAAAUUAUUUGUGCUGAAAUUAAUCGAAAACGAAUUUAAAGUGAUAACAAUUGUACAGACAAAUAAUUCUUUGCUAAAAACAAAUGUAACAUUUUAAUAAAUUUAAGAAUUAGAAAAUUAAUUGUUUUUAAUUGUGUUGCGAUACUUUAAUUACUAAAUAUGGUUAGGAAAAAAGGUUUCAUAGAAUAUGGCCAUUCGGAAAAUAAAAUGUUUUUUCGGUAUCGAUAAAAUAUUCAAAUAGUACUUUCUUCACACUCAAAGAUUUGAAAUAUUGUUUUCCAGAAGAUUUUCUAUAGAAAAUACUGUUAUACACAAGAUUUUCUAUAGAAAAUACUGUUAUACACAAGAUUUUCUAUAGAAAAUACUGUUAUACACAAGAUUUUCUAUAGAAAAUACUGUUAUACACAAGAUUUUCUAUAGAAAAUACUGUUAUACACAAGAUUUUCUAUAGAAAAUACUGUUAUACACAAGAUUUUCUAUAGAAAAUACUGUUAUACACAAGAUUUUCUAUAGAAAAUACUGUUAUACACAAGAUUUUCUAUAGAAAAUACUGUUAUACACAAGAUUUUCUAUAGAAAAUACUGUUAUACACAAGAUUUUCUAUAGAAAAUACUGUUAUACACAAGAUUUUCUAUAGAAAAUACUGUUAUACACAAGAUUUUCUAUAGAAAAUACUGUUAUACACAAGAUUUUCUAUAGAAAAUACUGUUAUACACAAGAUUUUCUAUAGAAAAUACUGUUAUACACACGAUUUUCUAUAGAAAAUACUGUUAUACACACGAUUUUCUAUAGAAAAUACUGUUAUACACAAGAUUUUCUAUAGAAAAUACUGUUAUACACAAGAUUUUCUAUAGAAAAUACUGUUAUACACAAGAUUUUCUAUAGAAAAUACUGUUAUACACAAGAUUUUCUAUAGAAAAUACUGUUAUACACAAGAUUUUCUAUAGAAAAUACUGUUAUACACAAGAUUUUCUAUAGAUAAAAUACUGUUAUUCUAUAGAAAAGAAUAGCCGUAACUUUAUUGUUGUAAACUUUUUGCAGAGGUUUUUCAAAAUGAUUGAAAUUAAUAUGGUCUUUGGAAAUGAGUUUUCGUAGAAUUUUUUUUGUUAUAAAUAAGUUUAAAAACUCGAAAAUAAAAGGUGGGAAUUCUAUUCAUUAUGAACAGUCAAUUACUAGAAAAUCUUUUGAAUUUUUGUUAUGGAGAAUUUGUUAUAAAAUCUCACUGUGUUACUAAAAAAAAAUAUACAAGAACACUUUGGAAAGUGUGGAAACAAUAAUGCAUACCUUUAAAUAUCUGUUACAGCUCAAACUUUUCCACCACACACCAUGUUUGGAUUUGUUAUUACAUAGAAACAAAACUUUGCCUGAGCAAAGAGCAUAAAAGAGCUUUUGGGAGAUGAAAGCUUUUAGUCAAGAUAACAAACAACAACAACUUUUGUUAUCAAAUUUAAACCCACAACGUUCAACAGAACUUAAAAGACCUUUUUUAAAUAUAAAUUAUGAAAUAUUGUUAAUAAUUGUGAUUGAUGUUAAAGUUUAUACACAUACAUAUAUAAAAUUAUGAAUUAUUUUUUAUAAAUAUUUAUUAUUUUAAAUUUAAGAACAAAUAAUAAAAAGAAACUUUUACUAAGAAAAUAAAAAAUAAACACAAAAUUUCAUAAAUAUUUUUUUCUUUUAAAAAAAAAAAACAAAGUUUUCGAACAAAACUCUUUUAUGACGGCAGCAAGUAAAAAUAAAGAAAUAAUUCAAAAUAUUAUACUGACUAAAGAAUAAACCAUGAAAUGAAAUGUGCCAACUAAAUGUGCCUUAAACAGUUAACAAAAACUAAAGGGUAUAAAUAAUAAAUAAAGAAAAAUUAACCAAUAUUUUCCAGACAUUAAACAUUAAAGCACAUUUUUUCUAAAAACAACUAAAACUAAAUACAAUUAAACUCAAACGAAACUAUUAAUUAAUUAUUCUAACCAAAACAAUAACACGCACAUUAACAUUUUUUCCAACAACUUUAACUACCAGACAAAAGGACUUUAUAACAAAAUAAAUUAAAAAAAACUAAGCAAAAAAAACUACAAAUUGAAUCCCAAAUUAAAUCUUUAAUUUAAUUUAAAAAAUUCAACUAAUAGUUUGAUUGCAUCAAAAUCCAUCAAAUUGUGAUAGAUUUAAAAACCUAAAAAACAAAAUUCUAAACUAAACUUAUAAUUAUAUAUAUUUUUGUAGAAACUUAUUUUAUAAAAAAUGCCUAAAAAUAAUAUUAACUUUUAAAGUUUAUUAUAAAUUAAUUAAAUGAAGUGAGAUGAAAUAAUAAUAUUUUUACAAAUUAAAAGAAAUAUUUAAGGCCUGUUUUCCUAUAAAACUAAAUAAAAACAAUAAAUUUAAUUACUUUAACAAUCAAUUUUAGCUGUUAUUUUCUAAGUUUUACUUUUAAAAUAUAAGUUAUAUAAUUUUAUUUUACAUAUUUUUUUUUUUUUUGUUUAACUUUUAGUAAAUUCUAGUAUAAUACCAAAGUUUUAAAUAUUUUUUUUAUUGUUAAAUAUACAUAUUUCUUUUAAACUUCCUACUGAACAUGUUUGUAUUUCUUUGUAUACUCUACUCUUUUUUUUAGUUGUUAAAUGUAUGUAAAAGUAAACAUUAUUCUAUAGUUUAAGUAACAAUAUUGUUUAAUUUUUUUUUCAAUAAUUUUAAGCUGCCUAAUUUUUCAGUUUUUAUUGAAAGUUAUUUUUAAAUUUUUAAUUAUUUCGUUUACUAAGUUUAGUUUAAAAACUGAAAAUAAUAUAUAAUAUUAUUUUAAAGUAAUUCAAAAUAAUAAAUAUACAUACAUAAUUGUAAAUAAAAUAAAA